AUGCGGUUGACAACAAUGAAUAAUUCACAUAAUCAUGUAAUCAGCCCACAGAAAUCCCGCUUCUUUCGAUGUAAUAGAGAAGUUAGCGAGACCGUUAAAAGAGUCCUAGACACAAAUGACUUAGCUGGCAUCCGAAUGAACAAAAAUUAUGGAUCUCUUGUAGUUGGCGCAGGUGGCUUUGAGAACCUCCCAUUUUUAGAAAAGGAUUGUCGCAAUUACAUCGACAAAACUCGUCAUCUGCGACUUGGUGCAGGUGGUGCUGGAGCACUUCGUGAUUAUUUUAUGAGGAUGCUGUUCAAGAAUAACUACUUUUUUGUGUUUAUGGAUUUAGACGAUGACGGGAGGUUAAAAAAUGUAUUUUGGGCAGAUCCACGUAAUCAGGAAGCCUAUAAGUAUUUUGGUAAUGUCGUGACAUUCGACACCAAAUACCUGACUAAUAGGUAUGGGGUGCCCUUUGCACCAUUUGUUGGUGUAAACCAUCACCGGCAGUCGAUUCUUUUGGGAGCUGGAUUGAUUUCCAAUGAGGACACGGUGACAUUUGCAUGGCUGUUCCAAACCUGGUUGCAGUGUAUAGAUGGAGUAGCUCCAAAGGCUAUUAUUACUGAUCAAGACAAAGCAAUGAAAAAUGCAAUUGCUAUUGUCUUUCCAGAAACUCGACAUAGAUUUUGCCUAUGGCAUAUACUUAAGAAAGUCCUCGAGAAGCUUGGAUCAUCUGCUAGAUACAGACUUGGGAUGAAAACUGAGCUGAUGAAAUGUGUUUACUACACACAAACUAUUGAGGAGUUUGAAAAUUGUUGGGCUGGGUUUAUUAAGACAUACGACUUACAUGAGAAUGCAUGGUUGACAAGUUUAUACAAUGAACGUGAGCAUUGGGUACCAGUUUUCCUAAAAGAGUACUUUUGGGCUGGAAUGAGUACAACCCCGCGAAACGAGAGUAUGAAUGCAUUUUUUUACGGUUAUGUCCAUUCAAAGACAAGAUUGAAAGAGUUUGUCGACCAUUUUGACAAUGCAUUGAAGAAAAAAUUGAAAAUGAAAAUCAGGCGGAAUUCUAGUCAUUCAGCGGCACCAUUCCCUGCGUAUCUAGAUCUCCAAUUGAAAAGAAAUUUCAAGAGUUGUACACCAACUCUAAAUUUAAGGAAGUUCAACAGCAAGUAA